AUGGACAGACAGAUACCCACUGCUGAUUCUAGCCUACCAGGGAUGGCUCUGAGCUCUCGAGCGCACGCCUUCUCGGUGGAGGCCUUGAUGGGGAGACCCAGAAAAAGAAAAGCUCAAGACCCAAGAGAGGAGAUGCAGCUUGAGCUGCAGGAGGAGCAGUUCAUAGAGGAAGGGGAGGAGAUACUGAGGAGCCCUUCUGGGGACAGUCAGCAGCCGGAAAAGAGACCCAAGGCAGAAUCUUCAAAAAGUCAUUUCUCCUGCUCUGACGAGAGCAACAGCCAGGAAAGUCUGCAAGAAGAAAGUAUUAUCCAAGUGGAGCUUCAGGGAUCUGACCUAUGGAAGAGAUUCCACGACAUUGGCACUGAGAUGAUCAUUACCAAGGCUGGCAGACGUAUGUUUCCUUCUGUUCGGAUCAAGGUGAAAGGGAUGGACCCUGUGAAGCAGUACUAUGUGAUUUUGGACGUGGUACCGGUGGAUUCCAAACGUUAUAGGUAUGUGUAUCACAGCUCACAGUGGAUGGUAGCUGGAAACACUGACCAUUCGUGCAUCACUCCCAGAUUCUAUGUCCACCCGGACUCCCCUUGCUCAGGAGAAAAUUGGAUGCGUCAAAUCAUCUCUUUUGAUCGAGUAAAACUCACCAACAAUGAGAUGGAUGACAAGGGCCAUAUCAUUCUUCAGUCCAUGCAUAAGUACAAACCUCGUGUGCAUGUGGUGGAGCAGGACAGCAGGAUUGACCUGUCCCUGAUUCAGUCCUUUCCUACUGAAGGAGUUAAAACAUUCUCCUUUAAAGAAACUGAAUUCACCACUGUGACAGCUUACCAAAACCAGCAGAUUACCAAACUGAAAAUAGACAGGAAUCCCUUUGCCAAAGGAUUUAGAGAUCCCGGGAGAAACAGGGGUGUAUUGGAUGGCUUUUUAGAGACCUACCCAUGGAGGCCUUCUUUUGUCACAGACACACAAAGUGGAAGCAGUGGCUCAUCUCCAGUGACCUCUAGUGGAGGAGCCCCCUCUCCUAUGAACUCCUUACUUUCUCCAUCUUGUUCUCCACCUACGGUUUACAUGCCUCCAAGCUCCUUUGCGAUGACCUAUCCAGAUACAUACCUGCACAGUGUCAUUGUACCCUUCUACUAUAGAAUUUGUCCGACUAAUUAUUGGCAACCACAACCUUUUGUCUUACCUACUCCUGAAAGUCUACCAAGCUUCAGCAGUUCUCAGAUCUUACCCCCACUCAUGAUGGAAGUCCCUGUGGUGUCCUCCAGGGGCAUCAUCAAUCCAAACAGUGGCUUACAUGAAGAUUGCAAUGGGCAGUGUCUACAAGCAUCUCAUUCUGCCAAUCAAAUGUUAUAUGAAAUACAGAAUUCUGGAAACAUUUUCCAUCCAAACCCCAUUGCCCAAGAAGCAAUCAGUUGUCCUUUUCAUCCUCCCAAUGGCUAUUAUACGUACAACGUCUCCAUGCCACCUAGACUGGAAAAUGCUACCAAUCACCUCAGUGAAAAUGGUACCAGUCAGAUUUCUUUUACUGAAGGCAGCUGUGAUCAUUCUCAUUGGUAUCCAGCCAUCAACCAUUACCAUUAAUGGGACAACAUCCACGUUUUAAGACAUUUACAUUGUGCCUUGGAAAUGAAGAGGCUUCUUUAAAACUCUCAAGCUGUGAAGAGAUGGAUGGUUCACACUGUUGUCAGACAUGCGUUCUCCAUAUGGUCUGAAGAUGGACAUGACUUUAUUUUUUGUGAGGUUGAAGUAUGUUUGUGGCAGGAAAAGGAAUGAAUUCUUAGUCUAAGCAAGUAAUGACUCAAUGGAUAAUCAGUCUUUUAACUAGCAGUAUCUUAUGUGCUGACAACAUGACACAGGUACCUACAAUGCAUAAAUACAAGCAUCUGCACUGGACAUAAUGGAAGGGUCUUCUUAAAUUCUCUUAAUUGUUUUUAUUUUGCACCUUGGGGGAAAUCAUGGCACACAAAGCAGUUAAAAAUGUAGCUUUUAAAUAUUACUGAUGUGCCAGUUAAUUUUGUGGCUGAACCAGAAUGUAGCUGAAAUAAAUGUGUUCUAUAAAAACUAA